CUCUCCCCUCCUUAUCAGCAAUUCAGAUUGCAUGCAAAUCUGCGGGCUUUCUUACAGGGGCAAAGCGAAGGACCCAGCGUUUUUCUCCGGCCCUGGUUUCGGGCGAGAGAUAUCUCCACCUCCUCCUCCACCACCUCCUCCUCCUCCUCCUCUUGGGAUUUUCUUCCUUCUCCCCUCCCCUGCUCUCCCCUCCCCUCCCUGCUUCCCUCCCUCUCUUUCUUUCCUCCUUUUCACCUCCUCGAACAAAAGUAGCCCUUCUCCGUACGGCAGCCAGCGCAGCCGCUUUGUCUGCCCGCUCGGUCGGGUACCCGGAACCGGCAACCGGGCUGGGCUGAGCCGCCUCGCCCGGCGGGGGCCAUGACGGGGAGAAGAGCGGCUCCCCGGCUCUUGCUGGUUUUACUGGUGUUACUGGGGCUAACGAUGGGCGGCGGAGAGGGGAGCUGCCCCGAACGGGAGCUGGAGCGGCGGGAGGAAGAAGCCAACGUGGUGUUGACGGGGACGGUGGAGGAGAUCAUGAACGUGGACCCUGUGCACCAUACCUACUCCUGCAAGGUGCGGGUCUGGCGCUACCUGAAAGGCAAAGACAUCGUCACCCACCACAUCCUGCUGGACGGCGGCAACAAGGUGGUGAUCGGCGGCUUCGGGGACCCCCUGAUCUGCGACAACCAGGUCUCCACGGGGGACACCAGGAUCUUCUUCGUCAACCCUGCCCCCCAGUACCUGUGGCCGGCGCACCGCAACGAGCUGAUGCUCAACUCCAGCCUCAUGCGGAUUACGCUGCGCAACCUGGAGGAGGUGGAGCACUGCGUGGAAGAACAUAGGAAGCUUCUGGCUGACAAGCCCAACAGCUACUUCACGCAGACGCCGCCGACGCCGCGCGACGCCUGCCGGGGGAUGCUCUGCGGCUUCGGGGCGGUGUGCGAGAGGAGCUCCGCGGACCCCUCCCAGGCCUCCUGCGUCUGCAAGAAGACAGCCUGCCCCGUGGUGGUGGCUCCCGUCUGUGGCUCUGACUACUCCACCUACAGCAACGAGUGUGAGCUGGAGAAGGCCCAGUGCAACCAGCAGAGACGGAUCAAGGUCAUCAGCAAGGGACCCUGCGGCUCCAAGGACCCCUGUGCAGAGGUGAGCUGCAGCUUUGGCAGCACCUGCGUCCCCUCUGCCGACGGGCAGGCGGCCAAGUGCGUGUGCCCUGCCUCCUGCCGCGGCGUGCCCGAGGCCACCGUCUGCGGCAGCGACGGCCGCGACUACCGCAGCCACUGCGACCUCAACAAGCACGCCUGUGACAAGCAGGAGAACGUCUUCAAGAAGUUUGAUGGCCCCUGUGACCCGUGCCGAGGCGUGCCCGGCGAGGCGGGCCGCGUGUGCCGCGUGAACCCCCGCAGCCGGCGGGCGGAGCUGCUGCCGCGCCCCGAGGGCUGCCCGCCGCGGCGGGAGCCGGUCUGCGGCGACGACGGCGUCACCUACGAGAGCGAGUGCGUGAUGCUUCGCUCCGCCGCCAUCCGCGGGCUGCACGUCCAGAAGGUGCGCUCGGGGCAGUGCCAGCAGCAGGACCGGUGUCAGGAGGAGUGCAAGCUGAACGCCGUCUGCCUGAACCGGCGGGGGGCUGCUCGCUGCUCCUGCGAGCGCCUGGCCUGCGACGGAGCCUACAGACCCCUGUGCGCCCGCGACGGCCGCACCUACAACAACGACUGCCAGCGCCGCCGGGCCGAGUGCCAGCAGCAGGCUGCCAUCCCCGUCAAGCACCAGGGACCCUGUGACCUGGGGGUGCCCAGCCCCUGCCUGAGCGUGGAGUGCACCUUCGGGGCCACGUGCGUGGUGAAGAACCAGGAGGCUGUGUGUGAGUGCCAGCAGGUGUGCCAGGGCCGCUACGACCCCGUGUGCGGCACCGACAACCGCACCUACGGCAACCCCUGCGAGCUCGACGCCAUGGCCUGCGUCCUCAAGAGGGAGAUCAAAGUCAAGCACAAAGGGCCCUGCGACCCUUGUGGCAAGUGCCAGUUUGGGGCCAUCUGCGAGGCAGAGACGGGCAGGUGCGUGUGCCCCACCGAGUGCGUGCCCUCCUCCCAGCCCGUGUGCGGCACCGACGGCAACACCUACGGCAGCGAGUGCGAGCUCCACGUCCGCGCCUGCACCCAGCAGACCAACAUCCUGGUGGCUGCCCAAGGAGACUGCAAGUCCUGCGGCGGCGCCGUGUGCUCCUUCGGCAGCCGGUGCGUGGCCGGGCAGUGCGUGUGCCCCCGCUGCGACAGCCAGCCCCUGGCACCCGUCUGUGGCACCGAUGGCCUCACCUACCCCAGCCAGUGCCAGCUGCAGGCUGCCUCCUGCCAGCAGCAGAAGAGCAUCGAGGUGGCCAGGGCGGGGCCGUGUGAGGACGAGUGCGGCUCGGGGGGCUCGGGCUCGGGCGACGGCAGCGAGUGCGAGCAGGACCGGUGCCGGCAGUUCGGGGGCUGGUGGGACGAGGACGCCGAGGACGACCGCUGCGUGUGCGACUUCACCUGCCUGGCGGUGCCACGCAGCCCGGUGUGUGGCUCUGAUGGGGUGACCUACACCAACGAGUGUGAGCUGAAGAAGACCAGGUGUGAGAAGCGCCAGGACCUCUACGUCAGCAGCCAGGGGGCCUGCCGCGCCCUUGCCACAACCCCACCACCUCUCCUGGCUGUGCACUGCAGCCAGACCGUCUAUGGAUGCUGCCCAGACAACACGACCUUGGCGCUCGGAGUGGGGGCAGCUGGAUGCCCAAGUACCUGCCAGUGCAACCCCUAUGGCUCCUAUGGGGGAUCCUGUGAGCCCACCACGGGGCAGUGCUCCUGCAAGCCCGGCGUGGGGGGCCUGAAGUGCGACCGCUGCGAGCCUGGCUUCUGGAACUUCCGCGGCAUCGUCACCGACGGCAAGAGCGGCUGCACGCCCUGUAGCUGUGACCCAGUGGGCUCAGUGCGUGACGACUGUGAGCAGAUGACUGGGCUGUGCUCCUGCAAGACUGGCAUCACUGGCAUGAAGUGCAACCAGUGCCCCAAUGGCAGCAAGCUGGGCACCACUGGCUGUGAGAAAGACCCAUCAGCCCCCAGAUCCUGUGAGGAAAUGAGCUGUGAGUUUGGGGCCUCCUGUGUGGAGGUCAAUGGCUUUGCCCACUGCGAGUGUCCAUCCCCACUCUGCUCAGAAGCCAACAUGACCAAGGUGUGUGGCUCUGACGGUGUCACCUAUGGGGACCAGUGCCAGCUGAAGACCAUCGCCUGCAGGCAGGGCCAGGUCAUCACUGUGAAGCAUGUGGGGCAGUGCCACGAGCCCAUCACUCACACGAGCCACGGCUCGCCGCCCACGCCGCCGCCCACGCCGCCGCCCACGCUGCCCUUGGACAAGUUGAUCCUGCCUCCCCCCCCGGGGUUCACCACCCGGCCUCCAGCCCCCACGGAGUCAGCAGGCAGCUCCCUGCCGCCGGAGGCCAGCCCCACCGCCCGGAGCCGGCCGACGACGCGGCGCGCCACGACGGCCAGGCCGGCCACCACCCCCUGGCCGGCCCACGGCGCCUACAAGACCACCGUCCGCCCUCUCUCCACCGCCCCCGUGGUCCUGGCCACCAGCCAGCCUGCCUACGCCGAGUCAGGCAGCGCAGAAGGCAGUGGAGACCAAGAGCUGGGCAUCAGCGGAGACCAGGAGUCGAGCGGAGCGGGGUCUGCCGGGGAAGAGGAGGUGGAGGAAAGCCAGGUCACUUCCACCCCAGCCAUCGAGAGGGCAACCUGUUACAACACCCCCCUGGGCUGCUGCUCUGACGGCAAGACUGCAGCUGCCGACGCGGAAGGCAGCAACUGUCCCGCUACCAAAGUGUUCCAAGGAGUCCUCAUCUUGGAGGAGGUGGAAGGCCAGGAGCUGUUCUACACACCUGAGAUGGCUGACCCCAAGUCAGAGCUCUUUGGGGAGACAGCCAGGAGCAUUGAGAGCGCGCUGGAUGAGCUCUUCCGCACCUCCGACGUCAGGAGGGACUUCAGGAGCGUCCGCGUCCGCGACCUGGGGCAGAGCAGCGCCGUCCGAGCCAUCGUGGAGGCUCACUUCGACCCAGCCACUUCCUACACAGCAGCUGACAUCCAAGGGGCCCUGCUGAAGCAGAUCAAAGCUUCCAAGAAGAAGACCAUCCUGGUGAAGAAGCCCCAACAUGAGCAUGUCAAAUUCAUGGACUUUGACUGGAUCCCCAGGCUCUUCACCACCACUGUGACCACCACCACGGCCACCACCAUGGCUCCCGCCACCACCCGCAGGUCCAGCACGCCUGCAGCUGCCACCACAGCCCACAUCCUGCGCCAGGAGGUGGCAGGGCACCCCCUCAGCAGGCCAGCAGGGGCUGGCAGCACCAAGAGACCUUCCUUCAGCUUCCCCCCCACCGCCCGCCGGAAGCCCACGCGCCAGCCCCCCGCCACCAGGAAGCCCCUGAGACCCUGUGACUCUCACCCCUGCCUGCAUGGGGGCACCUGUGAGGAUGAUGGGAAGGACUUCACCUGCAGCUGCCCAGCUGGCAAAGGAGGAGCUGUCUGUGAGAAAGCUAUCAGGUACUUCAUCCCCAGCUUUGGGGGCAGGUCCUACCUGGCCUUCAAGAUGAUGAAGGCUUACCACACGGUGCGCAUCGCCAUGGAGUUCCGCGCGCUGGAGCUCAGCGGGCUGCUGCUCUACAACGGCCAGAACCGUGGCAAGGACUUCAUCUCCCUGGCCCUGGUUGGGGGCUUUGUGGAGCUCAGGUUUAACACAGGCUCUGGCACGGGGGUGAUCAGCAGCAGGGUGCGUGUGGAGCCUGGCAGGUGGCACCAGCUGGUGGUGAACCGCAACCGCCGCAGCGGGAUGCUGGCGGUGGACGGCGAGCCCCACGUCAGCGGCGAGAGCCCCCCCGGCACCGACGGCCUCAACCUCGACACAGACCUCUUCCUUGGGGGAGCACCAGAGGACCAGAUGGCUGUGGUGGCAGAGCGCACGGCGGCCACCGGCGGCCUGAAGGGCUGCAUCCGCCUGCUGGAUGUCAACAACCAGAUGUACGACCUGAGGGAGAAAGGCAGCGAUGUCCUCUAUGGCAGUGGGGUGGGAGAGUGUGGCAAUGACCCCUGCCACCCCAACCCCUGCCACCAUGGUGGCAUCUGCCACGUCAAAGAGGCUGAGAUGUUCCACUGCGAGUGCCUCCACACCUACACUGGUCCAACGUGUGCUGAUGAGAGGAACCCCUGUGACCCUUCACCCUGCCACAUCUCUGCCACCUGCCUGGUGCUGCCAGAGGGAGGUGCCCUGUGUGCCUGUCCCAUGGGCCGGGAAGGAGACUUCUGCGAGCGAGUGACAGAGCAGGACCACACCAUGCCCUUCCUCCCAGAGUUCAACGGCUUCUCCUACCUGGAGCUGAACGGGCUGCAGACCUUCAUUCCUGACCUGCAGGACAAAAUGUCCAUGGAGGUUGUGUUCCUGGCCAAGAGCCCCAGUGGCAUGAUCUUCUACAAUGGCCAGAAGACAGAUGGCAAAGGGGACUUUGUCUCUCUGGCUUUACAUGAUGGCUACCUGGAGUACAGAUACGACCUGGGCAAGGGGGCAGCUGUGCUCAGGAGCAAGGAGCCAGUGCCCCUCCACAGCUGGGUCAGCGUCUCGCUGGAGAGGAACGGCCGCAAGGGGGUCAUGAGGAUCAACGACGGCGAGAGGGUGAUGGGGGAGUCCCCGAAAUCCCGUAAGGUGCCUCACACUUUCCUGAACCUGAAGGAGCCCUUGUAUGUGGGGGGAGCCCCUGACUUCAGCAAGCUGGCUCGAGCAGCUGCCAUCUCCAGCAGCUUCAGUGGAGCUGUGCAGAGGGUCUCCAUCAGGGGGGUGCCCGUGCUGAAGGAGCAGAACAUCCGCAGCGCCAUCGAGAUCUCCCCGUUCCGAGGCCACCCCUGCACCCAGAAACCCAGCCCCUGCCAGAACGGGGGCAGCUGCAGCCCCCUGCUGGAGAGCUACCAGUGUGCCUGCCAGAGGGGCUUCUCUGGGGCUCACUGUGAGAAAGUGAUGAUUGAGAAGGCUGCUGGAGAUGCUGAGGCCAUUGCCUUUGAUGGCAGGACCUACAUGGAGUACCACAAUGCUGUGACAAAGAGCCACCUGACCAAUGAGAUCCCUGCUCCUGAAGCUCUGGACUACCCUGUGGAGCCCAGCGAGAAGGCCUUGCAGUCCAACCACUUUGAGCUGAGCAUCAAGACUGAGGCCACCCAGGGGCUGCUGCUGUGGAGCGGGAAGGGGCUGGAGCGCUCGGACUACAUCGCCCUGGCCAUCGUGGAUGGCUUCGUGCAGAUGAGCUACGACCUGGGCUCCAAGCCCGUGGUGCUCCGCUCCACCGUCCCCGUCAACACCAACCAGUGGAUACACAUCAAAGCAUACAGGGUACAAAGAGAAGGUUCCCUUCAAGUUGGCAACGAGGCCCCCAUUGCUGGCUCCUCGCCACUUGGUGCAACACAGCUGGACACAGAUGGGGCCCUGUGGCUAGGGGGACUGGAGAAGCUGAGUGUGGCUCACAAGCUGCCCAAGGCCUACAGCACAGGCUUCAUUGGCUGCAUAAGGGACGUGGUUGUGGACCGCCGAGAACUGCACCUGGUGGAGGACGCUUUGAACAACCCCAGGAUAUUACACUGCUCAGCCAAAUAGACCCCCAGCCCCCUCCCCUCCCUCCCUCCCUCCCCCCCCAGGGACCCUUCCUCC